UCACAGUGAAUCCGGAGCCACGGAGUCAGUAACUCACAGACGAGCCACAAGAUGCGCACCACGGGCUGGGAGGAGCUUUGAGAUAUUUUUCCCCCACUUGUUUCACACCACUCUCUCGAGAACACUCGCUUCCCAAAGGAGAUAUAAGAAGAAAAGGCGACGGCCGCUGCUGCGAUAUCAGCAUCUGCCAAGAAAAUGAGCCCGCCAGACACCACCAACAGCACAGGAGGGGGGGAGUCUGGUGAAACCGAUCCCUCGCUUCUGCUCAACGAUAGCGUGGGUUUCCACGCACCCGGUUUCCACACCGACAUCACCAAGCACCUCGCAGUGCAGAUCACCUUGAUCACGGCUUAUUCCCUCAUCAUUCUGCUGGGGCUGCUGGGUAAUUCCCUGGUCAUCUACAUGAUCAUUCGCUACAGGAGCAUGCGGACGGUGACCAACUUCUUCAUAGCUAACCUGGCCCUGGCAGACCUACUUGUGAACACUCUCUGCCUGCCCUUCACUCUGGUUUACACGCUGCUAGAUGAGUGGAAGUUCGGGGCUUUGCUGUGCCACAUGGUGCCCUUCGCUCAGGCCCUCAGCGUGCACGUGUCCAUCCUGACCCUCACCGUCAUAGCUCUGGAGCGUUACCGCUGUAUCGUCUUUCACCUGGGCCGGCGCCUGACAUGGCGCUCCAGCUUCCUCAUCAUGGCCUUUACCUGGACUACGUCUGCCGUCCUGGCGGCUCCCCUGGCCAUCUUCAGAGAGUACCGCAAGGAGGAGAUCCCCUCCAUCAACCUCCACAUCGCAGUCUGCUCCGAGAAGUGGCCCCACGGGACCAGCAGGGACGGGGUCAUCUACAGCUUCUCAAUGCUUCUCCUGCAGUAUAUCAUUCCUUUAGCUAUGAUCAGCUACGCUUACAUAUGCAUCUGGGUCAAACUGAAGAAUCACAUCAGCCCAUCCAGCCGCAGCGACAGCGUCAACCGACGCAAAAAGACCACAAAGAUGCUGGCCCUGGUGGUGGUGGUGUUUGCCACCUGCUGGCUGCCUUUCCACGUGUUCCAGGUGGCCAGCGAUCUGGACCUAGUGCUGCGGUUAAAGGAGUAUAAACUCAUAUACACAGUGUUCCAUGUCGUCGCCAUGUGCUCCACUUUUGCCAAUCCUUUCUUGUACGGGUGGAUGAAUAAAAACUACAGGAAUGGCUUCCUCAUGGUCUUCCGUUGUGAGGACAAGCCAGAUACCUUUCACCCGGAGGGCUCAUUCAGGACACGCUCCAUACGAGGGCCGACUCUGAACGGUCGUAACGGAGGACACCCUCCUACCGCCGUGUGAAACGUACGCAAGCUCUAGCACCUGUAGAGUAUGAGCUCAGUAGGCACAUCUCUACUCUGAGGAGUGCGUGUUCCCACAUCCUUCAGACUUGAAUGGGUCUCAGUAGCCAUCUCACUGAAAAAGACCCAAAGCUUUGCAUGGAAAUUGCUUUAUGUGAAGCUCAUUGUUCCUUUGUGAAUGGUACUAGUGAAUUACAUAUGUCAAACCUAUUCAAAUAUGUGUUAAAGCUGUUUAUUUGGGUGUCAUUUACCUUGGAUCGAUGUAUUCUUUGUCCUCCAGUGAAUGCAAACUCUCAUUCGUAAAUAAUGUCAAAUUUAAUAUACUUACUAAUGGAAGAGUGAUUAUAGUGGCUUCAUUAAUCCAAAAUUUGCACUUUGAUUAAUUACAGAGAUCCAACAGCAAAAGAUACGGUCUUUAUCCAAGAAAUCCAAGGGAACUGUAACCCCCCCCCCCCCCUCUU